UUGAUAGAAUUUUUUAUCAGUAUGCAUCGGACAUCGCGAAUAUUACCUUGCCUUCCAGGUUUUAGUUUCGACAAGAACCUUGGUAAAACUAAAUUUCACAAAAGCCAACAUUUCGACAAGAUACACGAUGGAGUAUAUUAUUUAUCCGAGAAAGCAGAUACAAGCGUUUACAGUCGUUAUUCAUCCAUUUAUCCCCGAGGAGAGAUGCCAGAAAUUCCACCAUGGCUCGCAUAUGAUGGCCAAAGACUCAUGUUUAAAGCGUUUUUCCAAGAAACUGUCCAAGAAAAGUGGAAAACGGCCUUUCACAUUCGCUUAGUGAACAUCAGUUUUUUUCUAGAAGAUGGAACGAUGAAAAUUGUAGAGCCGUCUGUGGAUAAUAGUGGUCUUGAGCAAGGGAUUCUGGUUAGACGUCAAAGAAUACCAAUACCCGAUCAAGUAAAGUACAGAUAUUAUGACAUACUUGAUUUAAAUGUGGGCAAGGAACCUGAGAUACAUGGACGAGUGUAUAAAAUUGUAGAUUGUGAUAAAUUUACAAGGCAAUUUCUUAAUCGUAUGGGAAUACCAGUACCCGAUCCUAUUGAUAUACCAAAGGAUCCGUAUUCUGAAGUUCGAAAAGUUGAAGUGUUUCAAAAACCUAGUCGUAUGGUGGAUACUCUUGGCAAUUUUUUAAAGUACGACAGAAAAGUACUCCGAUUUUACGGAUAUUGGGAUGAUACUGAGAGUUUAUACGGCAUCGUCCAUGAUCUCGAACUGCAUUAUUAUCUCUCCAAUAAUACAAUGGAAAUCAAAGAAAAUGUACCGACAAAUGCUGGCAGAGAUUCGGGUCCUAUGUUUGUCAAAAGAAUGAAAAUACCGAAAUUUUACACUGGAUUAAAACCGAUCGGCGCAGAAGAUCGGUUUACGAUUUUAAAUGUCUUAGGAGAAGAUACAAGACGGGGCUAUUACAUGGUGGAUUCUCUAAACACUGGCCAAAUUUAUGCCGAUUAUUAUAAAGAUAAUGAAUUGAGUAUCGGAGCAGAGAUCAACGUCUUUGGUAGAAAAAUUGUUAUCACAGACAUGGAUGCUUUUACGAAGGAAUAUUAUCGAAAAAAAUAUGGUUUAAAUGAUUUCACACCUUUAAUAAAACCUCGAAAAUAUGAUGAACUAUGUCAAACAAUAGAGAAAUACAUACCACCCUACAAUGGUUUUGGCUCUUACGAAGAUUCUCUUGGCAAUUGUUUUACGAUGAUACCAAAACCACCCAAGGCAGAUUUCAUAAAGUUUUUAUAUCAUGACAAGCAGGGCUUUAAUAGUCACGUCUUGAGAUUUCGAGCAAAAAUGAUAUCGAAAAUUCCAAAUAACGAAGAUAGACAAUUCAUUAUAAGAGUAUUUCUCAUGGACGAUACAGUAUCUAUUUUUGAAUUAGCCAAACGAAAUUCAGGCUUUGAGAGAUCCCUGUUUCAAAAACGAAUGCAGAUAAUGUUGCCUGAUCAAGAUAUUUUUACGAGUAAAAAACCGGAAUGCUAUAAACCACAAGAUUUUUAUAUAGGAGCUUGCUUAAAUCUGUAUGAUUUUUAUUUCGAAAUUACAUCUGCGGAUAUUUAUGCCCUUCGUUACAUGGAGUUACAUUGCAACAAGUUUCCUAAAGCAAACAAAAAAUUGAUAAUGGAAAAACUUCGAGAAAGUUUACAACCAGUCUAUAAUGAAUUCAUUCAAACGUAUACUCCAUCUAAAGAUACGAAAGAUGAUAUUCGAAUAUUAAACUAUGAAAAGCUUAAAGAAGCAUUACAUCGGUAUAUGGGAGAUAAAAUUACAGAACAUGAAAUAAUUACGAUUGCCCGAUGUUAUUCAUCUCACGAGAAAAUCGAACAUAAAUCCAAAGAAUAUGUAAGACAAUUAUUACACACAGAAUUAAAUCGAUUUCUAUGGCAUGGUCUCGAUCGCUUAAAAGAAGAUUUAUAUCAUUGGGAUAGAGAUAAAACUGGAUUCUUACCUCGAGAAUCCCUGUAUACGAUCUUGCGAGGUUGCAGAGUUCCUGUCGACGUAGAGUUAUUAAAUUCCAUGUUGGAUCACUUGCAUAAAACCGAAGAUGGUAAAAUCGACUACAACGACUUGCUUCAAUUUAUGAAUAUAAAAAUCGAUCCUCUACCACCUGCUGCACCUGUAAAUAUAAAGACAUCACUCUGGUGGGCAUCCGAAAAAGAGCCGGAAUGUGGAGAGGGAAUCAAUUGGUGCGAAUUCGUAAGCGAUUUGAAUAUAAAGGCAGAAGAGAGCGCGACAGAGAACGACAAAGAUAUAGAAACGCAACUCACGCACUUAACGCAUUGAAACAACCAUGGCUUAUAUAACUAUUAUAUAUGUUAUACCACAAUUAAUAAUCUCGUAACAUGGAAAUCUCUCUCGUGAUUGGACGCAAUAUUUUGUCCAAAAUGGUCGAUAGCCAAUAGAAUUUGUUUCUCAGAGGAAACAGUUUCUUUUUCACACGUUGGCAGGUCUGUCUGAGUUUGCCGCUCAUUUUUACGGUUGGCGCAUCUGACAUUUGCCGCUGUUUUCUGAUACUUCGAAUGUCGCAGGUCGCGCCUUCAAUUCUUUCGAAUUGUGAUAAAUAAAGUGUGAAAUACAAGUGUGACUCGCGUAUAUAUUCCUCGUAAUGUUAUCGUGUAAAAGUAAAAUCUGUCCUGUCAUGAAAAAUUCUUGAAAAUCUCUCGCUUAGUGUCUAGUUUAAACAUAUAUUGAAUCGUAACCUAACAUAUCCCGUGCAGUCGUAAAUAAAAACAGUAUCGCGACUUUAAUCGGUCAAAAAUGCGUUCUCGUGUGGCGCGAAAGCAAUCGAAAUCAUCUUCGAUUAUUUCAAGAUCUCGUCGAAAUACGAAAAUACAAUAGAUCAUUCGGAUUACCGCCAGCCGCGGAAUAUAAUGUUGGCAACCAAUCGGUAAUAUGAAAUAAUUGAGAAGAAACUCUCGACGAAUACUCAAUCAAGGGUGAGUAGAUGCAUGCUACGCCGCGAACGGCGCCUUCGAAAAGGCUGAAUUUCAACUACAAAUAAAUCAAUUAAUUAUUUAUUUCAAAUUCAAUAUAAAUCUUAAAUUCUCAUCGCUCUGUCGCAUUCCUUAUCUAAAUAAUAAUUUUUGCAAACUGUCUCAGCAUAACGCUUAUUUAUAAAAAAAGCAUGUACUGUAUUUACCCCUCUAAGUGGAUAAUUGGAUCCGUAAUUCUGCAAGAUUCCUUCAGUCUGCGCUCCAUUGUCAGACAUGAAAACAAUAAUUGAGUUUUUCAACAUAUCUGCUCUCCUCAGAGCAUCGAUUACUCGACCGACUGAUUCAUCCAAUGUAGUAACGACACCUAAAGACAAAUGUUUACAAUUUCAAACAUUAUAAAAUUAAAUCAUUAGUAUAAAA